UCCAGUAGCGUAGGAAGGUUUGUCAGUUCCACCUCUUCAAUGGCUCUCUGCGCUCCGAGCAUUUCUGUGAGAAUCUGCACCUCAACCGGUCUUCAACGCCGUCGUUUCGCGCCGUCGAGUCGGACGUUGAAGCCGAGGGCCACCGCCGCUGUCGAGACCAAAUCACCUACGGCGGUCGGCGGCGGUGGCGACGGGAAGCUCCUGCUUGAAGUCAAAGACCUAUCCGCGGUAAUCGCCGAGUCAAAGAAAACGAUUCUGAGAGGUGUUAAUCUGAGUAUUCAUGAAGGCGAGGUUCAUGCUGUAAUGGGGAAGAAUGGUUCUGGGAAGAGUACAUUUGCCAAGGUCCUCGUUGGUCAUCCAGAUUAUGAAAUUACUGGAGGCAGUAUAACAUAUAAGGGUCAAGAUUUGCUUGAGAUGGAUCCAGAGGAAAGAGCUAUAGCUGGAUUAUUUAUGAGCUUUCAGUCUCCAGUUGAAAUUCCUGGAGUUAGCAAUAUUGACUUUCUGAACAUGGCUUAUAAUGCACGAAGGAGAAAACUUGGGUUGCCAGAACUUGGACCAAUCGAGUUUUAUGGUUAUGUUGCUCCAAAGCUUGAGCUUGUGGGUAUGAAGAUAGAUUUUUUAAACAGAAAUGUCAAUGAAGGAUUUAGUGGUGGAGAAAGAAAGCGCAACGAGAUUUUACAGCUUGCGGUUCUCGGUGCAGAAUUGGCUAUAUUAGAUGAAAUCGACUCUGGCUUGGAUGUUGAUGCCCUUCGAGAUGUGGCAAAAUCUGUUAACGGCCUCUUGACGUCACAAAAUUCAGUUCUCUUGAUCACCCAUUACUUACGUCUCCUGGAAUUCAUAAAGCCGACCUAUAUCCACAUAAUGGAAAAUGGCCGGAUUGUGAAGACUGGCGACAUUUCGUUGGCUGAAAUUCUCGAAAAAGAAGGUUACAAGGCUAUUUCUAGCGCGUAAUUUAGUUUCUUCGAUCCCCUCCACUUGCCACACUAAUCUGCCUGAAUUCCCUGACUCGAAAGCACUCAUAUUUAUUUCUCUUGGUUCCUUGAAAUUUUGAUGGGCACAAAAGGUGCCGAGUUGCUUUGUUCGACAACAGAUCACAGUGUUGCGAAGGUAUUAUUGUCUGGUUCCAGACUUAUGAAUGGAAUCAGCCAUUAUUUUCCGGUAAUGAAUAGUUCCUGGCUUUGUGUCAUUGUGUGUUUAUUGUUUGUGGGUUGUGGAGAUGCUCUGUUGUUUCUGGAUUCUACCAUCAAUGGUAUGUUGAUUUUACACAGGGAUCUCUAGGUAGGUAGGUAGGUAGGUAUGUAUAUUGACUUAUUGAGAAGGACUUUGGGAAUCUUCGUUUGGGAGAAUGUUGGUGUAAUAAAAUCUUUCAUUUCGGGUUUAGUAAGAUAAACUUUUCAUA